UCAGUUAGGUUUUGAGUCUUCGCGCUUGAAGGUGUGCUGCUCGCGUUUUGAGUGUAAGUGCUGCCGCAAAUUCCGGCUUAUAAUUGCAAUUGAAGGCACGUCGUCGCUCGUUUUAGUGUGUUUUAAGUCUGUUUUAGUGUUUGCCGUUCAGGGUACUUGACGACUGCCUGUGUGUGUGUGUGUGUACGUUGUUGGUUGUUGAAAUCUGCGCAAACGCAUGUAAUUCGAACCACAGCGAUCUAUUCAUAGAUCCGUCUUAUCACUUGAGGGCGCCAACCAAGCCGCCGACCUCUGACCCACAAAGCGUUAAAAAUCGGAGUCUUAACGAUGCUAAUGCCAGCCAUAAAGCCAGCCAACCAGCCUUGUGCAAUGGCCCCCGGUAUCAGAGCGAUAAGGCUAACCAGUGGCGAGCCACAACUCUAGACCUGCGGAUUUGUGUCGACUGGCAUAUAGAAUUAGCCGGAGCUUCAAGCUUCUGCCGAAAAUAAAACAAGCCGCUUCUGGCCGAUGGUUACGUCAAUUUCGAUUCGCGUUCGAGUUCUCGUGCAGGAAACAACGCACACGGACCAAGCAUAAAAUUAAGCGCGAUAUAAACUGCAGACCUUAUGCCCCACGUCUGUGCCCUUCGCCCGGGGUUUACUCCAGACUACUACCACAAAAGAGCUCAUGAAAUGCGCAUAAAGAAUCUCCAAUUGACUGGGCCGCGGACAACCACGGUGGGAAGCACUGAGAGAAAUAUCUAACCUUGAAUGCUGAGCGAUGCGGUCGUGGCCUGGCCUUUUCUGGCUGCUGACCCUGGCGCUCCUGGCGGAUGGAGGUCGUCGCGAGUCCCAGCUCCGGAUCGGCAAGGCCAUCAAUAUAUUCCUGCGCUAUGGCUACCUGGGAAUCUCCAUGCGUGUGAUACCGCUCAAUGACAACUCGGAGCCGGAUCGCUGGGUGUUUAAGGAGCCCACCAAAAACAUCUAUAGGAAUCUGAGUGGCCUGGCGGAGAGUCAUGAAGACACCACGCCCGGAAUCUUUCAUGGAGACUUUCACAUGGAGUUCUGCGAGAAUCGGAGGCAACUGUUCCAGGCCUACUUCCGUGACUUUUCCAUUGAGCGAAUGGACAAACCGUGGGAGGCAUUUACUGGCGGAUGGUUUCCGGAUAAUGCGGCCAAGAAGCUGGGCAUCAAUACAUCUUUCAUCCAAGGCGAUUACUCGUAUGUUUUGGUGAGGGUGGUGCGCUUCAGGGAAACGGGGCGUCUUAACGCUGAGAUUCCGGUGCACCAACCCUUGGAGCCGGAUGUGCGAUCGAGAAUGGAUCAACUGCAAAUCGGAAAUAUAACUUCCGCAGUGCGAUUUAUGGAAGAUGUGGGCACCCACUACGUAAACUCAUACACCACCGGCAAUUCGCUGUAUCAGGUGUUUGUGUACAGCAGGAAGAACUACAGCAUGAUCAAGGAGCGAAUCAAGAGUAAAGGUCUGAACGGACUGUCCAAGUUGGAUCUUUACAACUACUUUGCGCCCUGGUUUGCCGCCCAUCUGGGCCAGAUUCGAUCGGCUAGUGCCAAUGCUACAGUGGAAAGAUGGGCGAGAAGGAAGCUGCAGUACGAGUACUAUGUGGUCAAGUAUGUGACCCUGCUGAAACUGCACGGUAAUAGUACUCUACUGCGAUCCCUGGACUCGCUGCUCGGCAACGAUGCCAUACUGCAGUUGGACCUCAAGUCGCUGAAGCCCAUCUUCCGGGAGGAGCCGGAAAAGGAGAGCUGGUACCACGAGGUUCUCGACAACAAUGUGAAGCUCUGGGAGCUUAACAUGCCGCAGAGUCAUCCCACCCGAUAGCUGCAUUUUAAAUAUAUAUAUACUGUGCGAUAUGUGGCAGCCAAGGAUCAAUAGUUCCUAGAUGCUUAGUUGUAGUUAGGAACCUCUAGUGCGUAGUUAAUGUUCUGCCUGUGAUAGUUUUAGGUAGUUUAAUUGGAACACAGUACACAUCCGACUUGCAUUUCAGCUAACUAGACCGUAAGAUCGCCUUAUUGAUGUAAUAGUUUUGUAAACUUUAAUACAAAGUAAAGAUAAAAGU